CGCCCUGACGACAUACAAAGUCUUAGCCGGCUUCCAUGCCCCCAUGGCCGUGCGGCCGUGACACUAUAAAAGAAAGCAAUAUCCAAGUCUCUCUUUCAAAACUUAUAGCAGAGAUGUCGAUGUCUUCUUCCAUUAUUAAUCAUGUCGACCAAGAAGCUACAGAUAUGGAAGUACCACGGGCAGAAGCGGAAGAAGCAGCCGACAAUGGCGCCAUGGCGUUUUUGCCCAAUUGCAUCCUUAAUCUACUGGAUUCUAUCCGUGGCCUAUUGAUCGUUUAUUACCCUCAAACAUUUGGCGCUGUAGACAUGCCCCCAUCCCCAAUUAGCUUUAUAAUUACUAGUUUGUAUGCUUUUGCGGAAAUGAAGUCGCAGGGAUCUGAUUUCCCUUUUACAACGCACCCUGGGUUCGUUAAUGUAGCCCUUAUCUGUCUCAUCUUAUAUGGCCUGGCUUCUGCAUCAGAGCAUUUCAUUUCUGCCAUAUUUCCGGGUUCGUUUUAUGCCAUCAUUGUACGACUGGGCUGGAGAAUCUGGGUAGAGCUGGUCUGCAGUUCCUUUGAGCACUGUCUUGUCUUGGAUCUAAUCGUAGUCUACUAAUAGAGUGGCCUAGAGUUGUUCUUUCGUUUUGUGAUUUUCCCAUGAGGAAUUAAAGAAUUAUGUAGAAAAGAGAAUGGCACAACAUAAAGAUUCCCAAAAUCUAGAAGGCUUCUUGACUAGAUCGAAGAAAAAGGACUCGGUGCCAGUAAAGAUGUUCAGAACAUAAAAUCUAUGAUCCAUGAGUACAACCUUGUUCUACCAUAUACAUCCAUGUGGUGAACAACCUUGUUUCACCAUAGUCAUGGAGCAGAUUUGAUCAAGGAUUAUCAAAAUUAUUUUGCAGGGAUGAGUGAGACUGAACUUCUACAAUCCCCAAAAGAAGAAAAAUAGAGUCUAUCCAUGUAACUUUAAAUUGUUGUAAAGACUAAAUUUCUUGUUGUAAUAUCAACCCGUUUGUGAUUAUCUUUUAGUUAUUUUCGUUGUAUGUCUUUAUAAAGAUAAAGAAAGGCAACCUCAU